AUGGUCUCCAGGGAGGCUGGUGAGGCGCUGCAGUCCAUGAAGCAGCAGUACGAGCGCGAUCGCGACGUCGUCCUCACGUUGCAGCGCAGCGAACACCAGCAGCUGUUGGUGCGGAAACUCACCGAGCUCGCGCAGGGCCUCGAGCAGCAGUGCCACAGUCGAGAUUCCCUCGCAGCGAGUGUGUCGGCAGGUUGUAUUAAUUUGCAGCAUUCGCCAACAGCUGUUGCCUCCAGUACAGCUCCAAGUGAGCACGAUGCCACUGAAACCAUGACGCCAUACCUCAAAAGCACUCAGGCGGCUUCAAGUCGCUCCCGCACGCCUCCGCAUUCGCAUGAACAGCAGCAAAAUGUGUCGCCGACGUUUGACCGGCUGCGUCGGUCGCUGUUGGGCCAUUGCGAGGCCGAUGAGCACGGCUCCGUCAACGCCGUUCAUCUCACUUGUAGCGGUAGCACGACUCCGUCUUUGAAGAGGCAAGAGGCGUCGAUAAGAGGGACGGCGGCAGCAGCCGCGGAGAGUAGAGAAGUACCCCUGCCCAGGGGCGCCUGCCUUCCUGUCAAGUUCACUACCUCCAACACCACGGCGGUUCCCCCGACGUCAUCGUCCCACGCGGGUGUAGACGCAUGCAACACCAGCGGGAUGACUGUGGUGGUUGUCAGCCCACCACCACGGCCCAAGUCGUGUCGAUGCACGCAAGAAUGGAGCGUGCAUGACGGCUCGCCGGUCCCGCCGUGGGAGUCAUGCCCGGCGGAGUCCACAACAACAACAACAACAGCUGCCAAGGCGAUGGCUUGGCUGACACAGCAGCAGGAGCAGACACGGCAGCGACACGCGCCAGUGACGCCAGAUGAGGCAGCGAAGGCGCAUCUCAUGAAAACGAUACAUUCCCUGUACGGUGAGGCAUCAGGAGUGCGUGGGCCGCACCCACCAGCGCCGCGUCAGAGGCAGAACGUGCAGCAGCAGCAGCAGCAGCAGCUGUCAUCGAUGGUGUCCCUCCCCGACGAGAUUGCCACUGCGCAGGCCCCGCUCGAAAUAACAAGGAGAUCAGCAACAGGGGGUUCGGGCCGGAUGCAAAUGUCGAAAGAGCAGCUGAUACGUGAGCUGCACCGCUUGUACGGUAUUGGGGAUGACACCAGCUGA